CCGGAGGUAACUGACUGGUGGUGUUGUUUGUUUGCUAUCUGUGCACUAGCUGAAUGUCGUAGUCUUGCAGUACAUGUAGUCCUACCAGUAGGGAUGCUGUCAAUUAACUUUUUGUUGAAAACAAAACUGCCUAUCUAACUUACCAUGAAUCUGAAUCUAACUUACCAUGAAUUUCCUGGUGUAAAUGAAAGGGUGUCCACCCGAGCUCCCAAUUUUGGGGAAAAUUUGACCCAUUUUGGGGAAGCCUCCAUAAUAAACUUUGGGGAAAUGGCACAAACGCCCCAGAUUUCCACAGACUUGGGACGUACUUGCAAGUACGUCUAGUUUCCUUCAUAUGAAUUCAUUUUUCUUGUCUUCCGAAACAGAGAAUUUACGAGGACACUCCAACAAAGUUCAUAAGCCGAGAACAAAUUACUUGUCAGCUGAAUAUCGACUUUCCCAUCGAAUCAUCAACGAAUGGAAUUCACUACCUCAGCACGUGGUUGAGGCUCCAUCCGUCGACUCUUUCAAAAGAAAGUUGGAUCAACUGAGAGACCAUCAGUGCCAGGACUAACAUAGGCCACCGAGCCUCCUGUCCUUCCCAAACUGUAACUGUAUCUGGAGCGGUUAACCGCAUCAGAUACUAAUAUUGACAUAAAAUUUUUUUGAUGGAAAUUCAAAAUGCUAAUGGGUCCUUGAGGAUUAUUUUCAUCUGAGCGCAUAGUAUUAUUUACCUGAGCACAAGUUUCUUUUAUAGUCUAGAUAGCUUGUACUCUUUUCAGUGAAUGAUCAGUUACAAAAUGUUGAUAUAAUUGUUUUUUUAUUUCUAUGCGGUACAGAUCAAGUAUGGUCCGAUAUUGGAAGCAUCGUGGUGCGAAAAUACUCAAAAACAUAGAACCGCAUAUCCAAAAAUAUUUUCCUUAUCACAAGCCUGAGCUUGGAGGUACUUCCCCUCAGCAUGCUAGUAUAACGGGGAAAAAAGCGAAAGUACCUUUCGAUUAUGCGAUUGGGCAGAUAGUGCCGUUUUCACAAAGCUUAACAUCAUCAUUCCCAAAUAUUGUUAAAGUCCGCUUGCACAAGCUCUGCUUGAAUCGUUUCCUGAUGAAGUAUUUUUAUCAAACAGCAACAUACUGGGUUCAUACACAAGGCUCUUCGGUCAACAUUGGAGAUAUCGUGCUUAUUGAAAAGGCUGACCCACCAAUGGCAUUCAAUACCAUGUACAAACUAAAGAAAGUCGAGUUCCCGGUUGGUAAUCUGAUUGAUCCUGUCACAGGACUACAAUCCGAAGGUCCCGAGUAUUCCAUUGAAGCACUGAGGUCUAUUCUGAAUCAAGAGAACAAUACAUUGAAAAGUGUUGAAAACUAA